CAUGGGAAAGCAGUCAAGUCAGCCAUCCCAUUGAUAAAUUCAUCAAAAACUGUCAAAGGACAGAACAUUUGAAAUGUAUUUGUACAGUAGAGUAUCCCAGUAGUGGACUUUAUUACUUAAAGCCAUAGUGUACAUUUUUGUAACAGGAAUGGAAUUGACUGAAUGAUGAAUUGAUGUAAUGGUAAAAGACUGAAUUUGACUGUGAGCUGACAGCAAGGGAGGAGUUGGAGGUGUGUUUUAGUGGGAGGAGUGUGUUUUGGAAAUAGAAUGUGUUUGACUAGAGGCUGACAGCAUGGGAGGGGUGGAGGGAGUGGUCUCAGAUGUGUUUAUAAGCAGCAACUAAGCAGCCUGGAGCAUUGUACUUCCUGGAUAGCUGAAGUGAUUGUGUAAAGGUUUUUAUUUACUGUUAUUUCACUUUUCAAUAAUAUAGAUGGCUCCAGUGCGUUCUCUAUUUCGUUCAUGUCCACUUUGCUUUAAGGUUGUGGUUGGCUUCAGUCAGCACCUUAGGCAAGUACACAACGUUCGGAACACUGAGGAGAGGAUUCUCCUUUGUAAUUGGCAGUGGGGCCGUGUCAAUAUCAGGCAGGAGCGGUGUCCAGUGACAGGAUGCUCCACCCAUGUCAGCAGGCUGGACCGGCAUAUGGACUCCCAUACAGAGCUCAACAGAGCACAGAGGAGAUGGGCUUUAGAGGAGGUGAAGAGAAGUCUGACAAUGGAGAGGCUGGCGGCAUUGAGGGCAUCGAUCCCUAUUAUCCCAGUGGCCACCGAUUUUGAUAUUGUGGAGACUGCGAGGCAAGAAGAAGAGGAGGAUAACUUUUUAGAUACUUUUGCAGAGGAAGAGGAGGAAGAGGGCUGCACAUAUGAUUACUGCCACUGCCAAGCACCACUUUUGAGGCUGCAGAAAGCUGUGAAAGAGAGGGAUGAGGCCCUGACCAAGAAAAGUGAGACCAUCCAAUCCAUUAGAGAGGACAACCUGAAGCUGAUCUCUGAGCUGCAUAGAGUGAGGAAGAGGUACCAGCUACUGAAAAGGCAGAUGGGGAUUCUCAGGGUGAGUCCGGCAAAGGAGAGGUCGGCAAAGAGGUCCCUCAGCUUUCAGGCCGAGGCAGACACAGCCCAAGAGGAGCUGCAGCUGGACCAAGUGACAGGUUCAGGGGACCAGACAGAGGAGGCUACAGCGUCCGGAUCUGGCAGCAAACUUAUCUUCCCGGGCUCUGCCAUUAGUGUGUUUCUUGAGGGAUUCAGGAAGACCUGUGAGGGCCCCAAUCCAAAUUAUAAGCUAAGGGAAAAUUGUGCCGGAAAGAUCAAAAAGGGUAACGCAAUUUUUUGA